AUGACCCGGAGCGCCUUCAUUGUGACACCUUCGCCCGCCUUCGCCUUCGCCGCUGCGAGCAUGGCCUGGACCGCCGUCAUCGUGGGACCUUCGCCCGCCUUCACCUUCAACGACAUCAAAGGUCGCGAUGGGGUUGCGGCGGAGGAGCAACAUCAAGGCGACUCACAAGCUUUGAUGUCAUUGAAAGCGAAGGCGGGCGAAGGUCCCACGAUGACGGCGGUCCAGGCCAUGCUCGCAGCGGCGAAGGCGAAGGCGGGCGAAGGCGCCGCAAUGAAGGCGCUCCGGGUUAUGCUCGCAGCGGCGAAGAAUCGAGAUGCCACAGAGAAGACGCCAAAGGACUAG